AUGACAGUGUAUUAUUCAGAGAAAAUCGGCUUGCCGAAGACUGAUCCUCAAAGAUGGAGGCUGAGGGUCAAUGAGCUCGGACGUCAGUAUUGGGAUUACAUUGAAAAGGAGGACUUGAAGAACGACCCUCAAACACCAUACGUCCAGUAUCUCUUGAAAGGAGAUGAAUUUGAAUGUCCAAUACCUGAAAAACCUCAAUCUGCUUUUGAAUCGGCCCGAAAUUGUGCAGAUUUUUUAGCUUUGAUUCAAGAUGAAUCUGGAGUGUUUCCGUGUCAAUACAAAGGACCAAUGUUCAUGAGCAUAGGCUACGUUGUAGCAUGUUAUUUCACUAAUACACCAAUUCCAGAUCAUGUAAGGACCGAAAUGAUCAGAUAUGUAGUCAAUACAGCCCAUCCGGUGGAUGGAGGCUGGGGACUACACGAGUGGGAUAAAUCGACAUGUUUUGGAACAUGUAUGAAUUACGUUGUCCUUCGAUUGUUGGGACUUCCAAAAGAUAAUCCAGUGUGUAUCAAGGCUAGAAAGGUAUUACAUGCUCUAGGAGGAGCUUUGGCCACUCCAUAUUGGGGAAAGGCUUGGCUUUCACUUCUAAAUGUGUACAAAUGGGAAGGAGUGAACCCUGCACCUCCAGAAAUGUGGAAUCUUCCAUACUCGCUCAAAAUUCAUCCAUGUAGAUGGUGGGUACAUACAAGAGCCAUUGCUUUACCACUGAGUUACAUUUCUUCCUACAAAAGUCAAAUGCCUCUGACUCCACUGUUGAAAGAGCUGAGAAAUGAAAUAUUUCUACAGGAUUUCGAUACCAUAGACUUUUCUAAGCAUAGGAACAAUGUGUGUGGUAUCGAUCUUUAUUAUCCUCAUACUUCACUGUUGGACUUUGCGAACAGUAUUCUUGUCGGCUACGAUAAAAUUAGACCUACAUGGUUGCUGAAAGAAUCUAAUGAUGCAGUGUAUGAGCUGAUUAAGAAAGAGCUUGCCAACACAGAGCAUCUAUGUAUCGCUCCUGUGAAUGCUGCUUUUAAUACGAUUGUUGCAUACCUUGAAGAAGGUCCAGAGUCGUACAAUUUCAAACGCUUGCAAGAAAGAUUCAAAGAUGUCAUCUUCCAUGGGCCCCAAGGAAUGACCACUAUGGGUACCAACGGCACGCAGGUCUGGGACACCAGUUUUUGCCUACAAUACUUUUUCAUGGCAGGAUUAGCAGAUCUUGAUGAAUAUGAGGAGUUAAUUAUCAGAGACAAAAGGAUCGGAUGCUUUCCAUUUAGUACCAAGGAGCAAGGUUACACAGUAAGUGAUUGCACUGCCGAGGCAAUCAAGGCGAUCUUGAUGGUGAAAAACCAUCCCAAAUUUGCCUACCUUGGAGAUUACAUUGAUGAGGAUCUGCUUAAGAAAGGUAUUGAUGGAUUAUUAUCUCUACAAAACGUGGGGUCAUAUCAUUUUGGUUCGUUCUCGACAUAUGAAAGCACUAGAGCUAAUCCUGCGCUGGAAAAGAUCAACCCCGCAGAAGUAUUUGGCAAUAUCAUGGUAGAGUAUCCUUACGUAGAAUGUACAGACUCUUCGGUUUUGGGUCUUACCUAUUUCAGAGAACAUUGGGACUAUCGCCGACACGAUAUUGACACUGCUAUAGAGAGGGGUGUCAAGUUCAUCUGCGACGCCCAGCAGGAAGAUGGGUCAUGGUAUGGCUGUUGGGGGGUCUGCUUUACUUACGCAGGAAUGUUUGCGCUAGAAGCUUUGGCUUCUGUGAAUCAAUAUUAUGAAACCAAUGAAGUAGUGAGGAAAGGGUGUGAUUUCCUGGUCUCCAAGCAGAUGGCUGAUGGUGGCUGGUCUGAAAGUAUCAAAUCCUGUGAAACUCAUACCUAUGUUCGUGGAAAAAGGGGUAUGGUAGUUCAAACUUCUUGGGUUCUAAUAGGUUUGAUUCUUGCUAAGUACCCCCAUAAGGAAGUCAUAGACAGGGGGGUUCAACUAAUCAUGAGUCGCCAAAAGACAAGAGGAGACUUUGACUUUGAAGCUGUAGAAGGUAUUUUCAACCAUAGCUGCGGAAUUGAGUAUCCAAACUACAAAUUCCUGUUUCCCAUCAAGGCCUUGGGGUUAUAUUCCAAAGAGUAUGAGCAAUAA